GCGCGAAUAGUCCAGGUCAGCUCACGAUCUCUUGCUUAGACGGUAUCAAGUCUGCUCUCUGUGAAAGACACAUACUAUAUUGCUCCACGCAGUCUAUUGAAGCAGACUGGCCCACAGACAUGUCCUUCCACAUUGAGAACCCUGCCGUGGGCGACCCUGCCAACUCUGAAGACUGGCGCAUCAAGGGAUACAAUCCUUUGACACCGCCAGACCUUCUUCAGAGCGAGAUUCCACAGACGGCCAAAUCGAGAGACACGGUGCUCAAAGGCCGCAAUGAAGCUGUCGAAAUCGUCCAGGGCAAAGAUGCGCAGAAGCGGUUACUCGUCGUCAUUGGCCCGUGCUCUAUCCACGACCCUCCUGCCGCGCUCGAAUACUGCGACCGGUUGAUGAAGCUCAAGGAGAAGUACCAGGAUGAUCUACUCAUCGUCAUGCGCUCUUACUUGGAGAAACCGCGUACAACUGUUGGUUGGAAGGGCCUGAUCAACGACCCGGAUAUCGACAACAGCUUCAAGAUCAACAAGGGCUUGCGCAUCUCAAGGCAGCUCUUCGUCGACUUGACUGAGAAGGGCAUGCCGCUGGCGAGCGAGAUGCUGGAUACAAUUUCACCCCAGUUCCUUGCGGAUAUGUUCAGCGUGGGUGCAAUUGGCGCCAGGACCACCGAGUCGCAGCUACACCGCGAGCUUGCCUCGGGUUUGUCCUUCCCCGUUGGCUUCAAGAAUGGCACAGAUGGUACGCUUGAUGUAGCUGUUGAUGCCAUCGGCUCGGCCAAGCACCCUCACCACUUCCUCUCCGUUACAAAGCCCGGUGUUGUCGCCAUUGUCGGCACCAUUGGUAACGACGACUGCUUUGUUAUCCUGCGCGGCGGCAAGAAGGGCACCAACUACGAUGCCCAGAGUGUGAAGGAGGCGCGCGAGAAGCUCGAGUCCAAGGGCAUGAACUCGCGCUUGAUGAUCGACUGUAGCCACGGCAACUCGGAGAAGAACCACAUGAACCAGCCCAAGGUUGCACACGCCGUGGCCGAGCAAAUUGCUGGAGGUGAGACGGCUGUUAUGGGUGUCAUGAUUGAGAGCAACAUCAAGGCGGGCACUCAGAAAGUACCCAAGGAAGGCAAGGCCGGGCUUGAGUACGGCAUGUCCAUUACUGAUGCAUGCAUCGACUGGGAGACGACAGAGAUGGUGCUGGAGGAGCUUGCUGGCGCCGUUGCGAAGCGACGCACGCUGCUCGGCCAGAAUGGCGCUUAACCAAGAUUUCUUUCUUAAUCAGUCGUCUGUAGAGACGGCGUAGGGUCGGUCCUGGCGUUUCUUAUUUCACCAUCCAGUGGCACUUGAACAGCAGCCAAUGUAUACGAAUUAUGAGGGCAAAAGAACAAAA